UUGGCAUGGGAUGGGAUUUAUGCAUUGCUUAUUGCUUUAAUUUCUAUAAAUAAACAAAGUUCACGAUGACUUUAUCAUUUAGUUAGCUUAUAAUAUGUUGUGUAGAAUUGAUUAAAUUAUGAUCCAUAAUUUAAGAAGAGGGGACUAAGACCUCUCGUUGGAUAGUCCAUAAUAUUAUGUUCAAAUAGUGCUAAGAUGAUGCGAAACAUUGAGUACGGAUUUGUGGUGUUCUUCUCUUUGAGUUACACUCUUGGAGAAGAAUUCAAUCUCUUUGGAGACGCAGGCCAAGCAUAUUCAGUAGAAGUGAACCUAGGUCAUCCACCACAAAAGUUUAAUUUAUUAGUUGAUACAGGCAGCACUACAUUGGCCAUAGCAUCACAAGUGCGGCAAGGGGGCAAGUCAUUCUUCAAGGCAAAUGAAUCUAGCUCCAUUUGGGACAGUGGGAAACAAGUGCAAGCCAAAUACUCCCAAGGGAUGUGGGUGGGACACCUGGCGUCAGAUUGGGUGCAGUUCCCAUCACUCCCAAACAUCCCCAAAGUGAGAACAGACUUGGCACUUAUCACAGAAAGCCAUAAAUUCUUCAUGAAUGGGUCUGGAUGGCAGGGUCUUCUAGGCCUGGCGUACCUGCCCGUGGGAGCUUGGGGUGAGAACAUUAUUGUUGAGUCCUGGUUAGACUCCGUGGACCGCACUCUCAAGAAACCCAUUUCAUUCCAACUCAAGCUGUGUGGGGUCAAAAGUGCUACUAACGCAACUCAUUAUGGAAACCUCCAAAUGCUUGAUGAUGCCGCCGAAAAUAAAAAUAAUAACCAGACAUACCAGACACCAGUUCUCCGUCAACGCUGGUAUGAAGUAGGCGUGUUGUCAGUGCGAGUGAUAGAUAAAACUACAGGCGCCAAUAAUACGGCUUCUACGCAAAGUCCUGUGGUGACAGAUAUCAAUAAUGAGAUAUGCUUGAAACUUAACGAAGAGAAGAGCAUUGUUGAUAGUGGCACUACGAACAUUCGGUUGCCUGACACUGUUUUUAGAGAGAUUGUUGGCCAAAUAAGAAAUGCAGUUCCUGAGACAAAUGUGAUUUCGGAUGAAUUUUGGUACCAUGGAGAGGCGGGGUGCUGGCCGCAGCCGCAAGAGUGGUCGCUGCCGUGGAUCGCGAUAGACCUGCUGAGCGUCGAUGCGGACAACCAGUAUUUCACACUCGAAAUACCGCCGCAGAACUACAUGCGAGUGGUGUCGGCGGGCGAGGCGGGUGCGGACUUCGUGUGCUAUAAGCUGGGGCUGGAGGCCGGGACCGAGACCGUGCUGGGCUACACCGCCAUGGAGGGGUUGCAGGUGCUAUUUAACAGAUCAGCCGGCUGGAUCGGCUGGCAAGCUUCCGACUGCGGCUCGAACGCGCGCGUCACAGGCCCCUACAACGCGUCCACAUCCCUCAUAGACUCGUGCCAACUCCGGCGCCCCGUGUCCGAGACGGCGGUCUCCAUCCGCGCGGCGCAGUGGGCCCUGUGUGCGAUCUCUAUAAUCGCCGCUGGGGUUUUGGUGUAUCUCUUAGCUCCUUGUGUUAAAGCGAUGUGUAAGAAGCCGUUGAGGAUGCAACAGAUAUCGCUGUCGACGGCUGCGUUGGUUGAACAAGAGACGUGAUGGUAAAUGUUAUUUUGUAUAAAACACUGAUUGAUGUCACAAAGUGGCUGCUUAAGUGUGUGAUAUAGUGUUUUUUUGUUUAAAUUACUGUGGCGUCUAUCCUCUUAAGGUCCACAAUCCACACAUAGUUAAAUACUAAUUACUUCAUUGUAAUUUGAACCAUUUCUAAUUGGAAUAGAGUUGAAUUUCUUUUGUUUCGUUCGAUAUCAAAACAGUAGAAAUUCAACACAUUGAUUUCAAAUUCCACUGACAACUUGUAUUAUGGGCUUUAAGGCUACAAGUCUUCAACGCUCAUAUAGGUCACAAUUUCAGCAAUAUGAACUUAGAUAUUUCAAUAAUUUAGUCAAUGGCGUUUUGUCACCGGUGAGGGCAUUACGACGAAACGGGAUUUUUUUUACCGUGGACGAGAUAUGUUUUUUUUUGUCUUCUCUUAAGUAUUAUUAGCAAGUGGUCCCUUUUAGAAAGACCGAUUAUAUAAGCGAAAGUCUCUUUUAAACUAUUCGCUUUUAAAAAUGGCCACCAUAGUGGUCGUCCAAUCGAAUUACUUUAAUUUUUAAGUUUUGACCUUCUUACUUUUAUUUCACAAAUUCAAAACGAACAUAACGACAAUUGAUAUUAAGUUCUAGGACUUAUACAUUUUUUUAUUUAAUACUUACGAAUUUUCUCAAACAUAAUUGUAAAUAUUUCGUACCCCUACGCAAAAGUAAAGCGGUAGUAACGCUGGCGGUAUUACCCGAGUUUUGGUGUGCGUGAGAAAAAAAAAAUGUGCUCAUUGUCUAAGUAAGUUUGUGUAGGUAAUAGUAAUACCUAUAAUAAAAUGUUCAUUCACCUAUUAGUAUAAUAUGUUUGUUGUCUCGAGUUUUAUGAAUAUUUAGAAGCAUUUCCCUUUCUAAUAAGGGAGAGCGAACGUUUUCUGAAACAUGUUUGGUCUUUACCUUGUAUUAAUUUGCGAAUGAGUCAUCUAAUGAUUGUGUAUGAAGAAUAUAGACAAAGAAAUGAUAAAUGCAAACUUGGAGUGUUGUGUCUAAGGCUCUAGGGCCCUCCGUGAAAAUCCAUAACCGACAUUUCGUUAUUUGCCUCUAUCACUCUUACAUAUUCGAGCGAUAGGGAGGCAAAUAAAUGAACAAAUUAUUAUUAGAUAUACAAAACCUCAUAGGUAUACAAAACUAAACCUACAUUUCUACAAUUUUGGGCUACAAUUUAGGUAAGUAUUAUUUCUUUGUCUAUGGUCAUGAGGCAGCUCUGAAAGAGCGCAUUUUACUUAUAAGUCUGAUAAUAUUAGCUAGUCCUUAGGUAACUGAAUUUUAACACGAUCACAUUUUAAUUCUGUGAAUUAAGAUCUUUAGAUCAUAAAUAAUCAUAAUAGUGAGAGUAGGUAUUUCUAGACGUGUUUUCAAUUAGAAAAUGUAAAUUGUUCACAAUAUAUCGAUUUAUAUUGCACCUGAAUUCAUUGAUAAUAUUCAGACCUACAUCUUUUUAUUGAAUCAUAUUAGUAAUCUAAUAGAUGUACGGAAACAAACAAGAAUCUGUGGCGUUAGAAUAGUAGGUUUACUCUACUUCGCUUUUUUAUGGUUCGGAAAGUUGUUCUUUAUUUGUUUGUAAACGAAUUUAAAACUGACUAACCUAACCAAGCCAAGAUGCCAAUCGUUUACGCCGUAGCGAACGAUACGCUAAGGGCUGAUUUAGACAACGCGCGAACUCGUAUGCGAUUUUAAUUACAUUGAGUACUAUUGGUUACAUCCAAUUCAGCCGACCAAUCAAAUACCGCAAUGUAAUGAAACUCGCAUGCGAGUUCUCGCACCAUGUAAAUGGGCCUUAAUAUCUUUCUUAUUGAUCGUCCCAUCUACUCCUGGAUUAUAAAGUAGGUACAUAAUUAUUAAUACGCUUUUAGAUUUAGGUACUUAAUUUAUAGUAGCGAUUCCUUUAGGAAUAAGUAUUUUGUGAAAUUGACCAAUUUGUGAAAGGGUAAAAAAUGUUAACAAUAAAUCGAUUUUUGAUUUCAAAA